AUGUCGUCCUCCUCGAUAAAUCACUACUCGUCCACGGACCUCUCCCACCCCCAGUGGUGGACCCACCCCGACCACAACCACCUCUACUACUCCUCCGCCGCCGCCGGCCGCGGCCUCGACCUCAACAACGACGACGACGACGGCGGCUCUGCGGCGGAGGAGAUCCCCAAGGAGCGUCUCUUCGAGAAGCCCCUCACGCCCAGCGACGUCGGGAAGCUGAACCGGCUCGUGAUCCCCAAGCAGCACGCCGAGAAGCACUUCCCCCUCGGUGGCGGCGGCGGAGAGUCCGGCGAGAACGGGCUGUUGCUGGGGUUCGAGGACGAGGCCGGCAAGUCGUGGCGGUUCAGGUACUCGUACUGGAACAGCAGCCAGAGCUACGUGCUCACCAAGGGCUGGAGCCGAUUCGUCAAGGAGAAGCGCCUCGACGCCGGCGACGUCGUCGUCUUUGCCCGCCACCGCAUCGACGCCGGACGCCUCUUCAUCGGAUGGAGGAGGAGGACCUCCGCCGACGGCGGGGCCGCCGCGCACCAGCCUUCCUCCGGGUGGAACCGGGUCGUUUACCCGGGUCAGUACGNUUCCCCGGGCCAAUACGUUCAGGUCGGGCCGGCGUCGGUUGCGUACCAGCCCGAUUCCAAUUACGCAGGAACAGUUGUACAACAAACGGCCCAAACAAGUUCAUCAAGUACAGGGAACUCCAAGAUGCUGAGGUUGUUCGGAGUGAAUCUGGAGUGCCAGCAGCAGGCCGAGGACUCGGACCCAUCAACCCCAGUGGGCUCGCCCAUGUCUAGCUUGGGCCAAGCCCAACAGCACCAGCACCACCACCACAGCCCAUAUCACCAUCCUCAAUAUUACUACUCUAAUCACAUGGAUAUCAGUUUCUCAUCAGGAGGAGCAGAUGUAUAUCGGCAAGGAUAA